AUGGGCUCACGUAUGGCCAAACUGGCCUCGGAAUCGGGUGUUCCCGGUCUGUCCCAUAUAUUCAGCGUCAAAGGUGUCCGUAAGGCUGUCUGGGCUACUGUUUUCAUAUUGUUUGUCAGUUUAACAAUCAGGGAUCUGAUAGAUAUGUUGUCAGAUUAUACACAAUAUCCGGUAACUGUUAGCGUACGGGUAACCGAUUCACGUGUACUACCGUUCCCGGCGGUAACUGUUUGCAAUUUGAAUGCCGUACAUAGGGGCCGAUUUUGUACCAAUCGCCGAGUGAGUAAACCCGAUAAUGUGGCCAAAAUAUUGUGCGCCAAUUUAGGCGAUCUACUGGACUCGUGCGAAAUAUCCAAGAUGUUAGAUGAACUCCUAACUAAAGGCCAACAAUACUGUGGCAGCGGUACUACCAAUAAGGGCAGUACCGAUGGCAAUAGUGGUGGUGGUGGUGGUGGUGGUGGUCGGCGUAUCGGUAAACGACAGAUCAGUUUGUCGGAUGUUGUCAAAACGGUCAGAGAUGUCGGUACGUUUGUUAGGGGUGACGGUACCAAAGGAUCGGGUAUUGGCGGCAUAAUUACCGGACUACAGGAUACAGUUAAAUCGUUUUCGGAAGGCGGCGGCCCGAUGGACGGUGUGAUUACACAACUGGCCAAUAUUGUCGGGUUUAAUGUGUCGUCCAGUGCCGACAUUGUACCCUCUCUUUUCAUGCGUGCCUUUACCGAAGUGACGGGUUGUCGACUAGGGUCGGGCAAUGCCAAAAGUGCAAUGCCCGAAAAAUUGCGUACCACCCUGUCCAAUUUGACGGCAACAUUUACAAGCGGCGGUUGUCUAUUGAAAGCACCGAAACUGAUCGGCCUGUUUCAGGAGAUGUCCCAGAAAAUAGCAAACGUCAUAUCCAAGUGCACGUCUCCAUGGGUCGACUCCCUUAAGGGAUCAGUCAAUACGGGUGAGACACCCUGGUUUAUCCUGUUUGAUAUGCUCAGUUCAUGGUUGGCUGAAUUGGGCAAAAAUGACCCGCUGGAGGCCAAAGCAAUUGGCCACCAAAGCUCACAUCUGAUACGUGAAUGUUAUUUCGCUGGCCGUCAUUGCUAUGCCCGACAAGAUUUUACCGAUUUUUUCUACAGUUCCUACGGUAACUGUUUUACUUAUAAUCUGCAUUUGAGUAGCGGUAGUGGUAACGACUCGACAAAUCAGUCGACAUCAUCAGGUGCUCUGUCGGGUUUUACGGGACCAAAGUUUGGCCUCGAGUUGACCUUAAACCUGGAAACCGAUCAGUAUAUGCCAACCUCUCGUGAGGCCGGAGCCAAAGUUAUCGUACACGACUCGGCCACCCGUGCCGAUCCCGAUCAGGAUGCCGUACACGUACCGCCCGGACUGGUCACCUAUGUUGGCGUCAGGCUGAUCAACAUUACCCGAUUGCCCGAACCCUAUCCGGACAAGUGUUCGGAUGAAUGGCAGGACCCGUAUCUGGAACAGUGGGCCCAACACCUCAGCUACGAAACCUAUUCAUCGCAGAUAUGUCUGAAACUAUGUUUGCAAAGGUUUACAAUCAGACACUGUAUGUGCUGGUCGUCGGCAUCGCCUCCCCCGCACACAGACGUACUUCAAUGUAAUACAAGAAAUAAUAAAUCUCAGGAAGAGUGUACCGAAAUGAUACGUCUAAUGUAUUACAAUAAAACCAUUGACUGUCAGUGUCCKCCACGUUGUGAGGAACGGACGUUUGAAAAGUUUGUGUCCACCGGUAAAGAGUUACCCCAAUGUUCGGCACUAUCGUCGGGAAAGGAGACAAACGGAGAGGAAAAAGAAAAUUAUGCAAAAGUUGUCGUCUAUUUUCAAUCGUUAAGCUAUCAGGAAAUCAAUCAAUUUCCUAAAUAUACAUUGACGGCACUGUUGGGCGGAAUCGGCGGUAUUUUAGGCGUCUAUUUGGGCUUCUCUUUCAUUGCAAUCUUCGAACUAAUCGAAGUYAUCAGUCGUUAUCUGAUUCCCUGUUCUUCUUCUUCAUCGUCGRCGACGACAAAGACAAGUGAUUUGUCGUGUCCUAAAUGGUAUAAUUAG